AUGACAUUAAAAUCUAAUUGGAAUAUUUUAUCUGAUUAUGAUUCAGAAUUUGAUCUUAAAUUAUCAUCUCGAUAUCCAAAUGAACCAUGUUCAAUUUCAGCAUUAAAAAAAUUAUCAAUCAAUCGAAAUGAACCACCAUUAACGAGAUCAAGAGCUAGAGCAAUUGAUAAUACAAUUCUUUUUUCAAAACAACAAUCGUCAGAUAAUCAAUUACCAAAUUCUCCGACUGAUGGUGUUAAUUCAUUAACGAAUUGGUUACAAAGUUGUAGUUUAGAUGAAAGUAAAUUGAAUAAAACUUCUCUUCCGAUUACUUCGUCAUCACAUCUCAAAUUCAGAUCAAAUCCAUUUUUUAUUCAAACAGCUUCAACUACAACAUUAUACGAUCAACAACAAAAUCAAUUAUGGUCUCGUUUUCAUUUUGCUACAUCAACUCUUCAAGAUAAUGUAUGGAUUGAACAAUUAAAUUUAACAUCACCAAAUAUAUUUAGUAAUCAAUCAUCUCCUCAAGUAGUACCACCAACAGUAUUAAAACAAGAUCAGAUAACAAAUUCUAAAUUUUUAAAAAUAAAAGAAGAAAAUUUAUUAUCAAAAAUCUUCUUUACUUUAAUUAUAUUUGCUUUUGGUCUUAUUCUUGGUUAUUUAAUAACAAAUACAUUUCCAUCGAAUCUUAUUCGUCAUUGGAUUUAUAUUAUUUGGAAUAUAUGUAUGUCAAUAAGCAUAGAAUAUUUUCAUUUCUUAUAUGCUUAUAUUCAAAUUCUUAUUAAAUACUUUUCAUCAUUUCUAUUAGUUUAA